AUGGCGGGCAGGCAUGCCGCAGUAGGCUGGCUUGUCGGGAUAGUCGUCGGAUGCGUGGUCCUCGUCCUCCUGCUGGUCCUACUGAUUGUGCCAUGGGCAAGGCGCCGUAGUCGGCUGAACCGAAGAAUGCGGAGAGAUGUCGAGCAGGUCUCGUCGCACGUCGCCACCUUGUCUCUGCAAUCCCCUGUAUCGAACCCUACUUGGCAGCGCACGUCUACGCUGGUCAGUGCGGUCAGGGCCAGCAAUGACGCCACGGGCAAUGCUCGCGAAUCUAAGGUUGACACCAAUGAGCCUACUGUAGAUGAGUCCGAUAUCUCCAUCAUAAGGUCGUCCUACGACGAGGGGCCGCUGCUCCGGAAGUCGGCCGAUGGUGCCCAGGCUUGGGAUAGGGCCUCUACCACCACCGGAGAAACCGGGUACUCAAAUAAGAAGCCAUUUAUGAGCAGCUACGAGGCUCCGUCAGCACCCCAGGUUUUGACAAUCUCGCAUCCCAAACCUGGGCUGCCCUGUUCCCCGCGGCCAUAUGAAACGCAAGCAGGACGGAGGGAGAUCACGCCUCCGCCAGUUUCUUAUCCGCCCAAGUUGAACUCUGAGCAUCCACCUCGUUCUAAGGCUGGACUGCCUCGCCAUCCGAUGGAACCGCUGAUCGAAAAGCGGGAAAGCUCACAAUCUGGCUUAUCAAAUCCUACCGAAGCGUCUACUCGCCUGAGCUCUCAGGUACCUGCGCAAACGAGCUCAGUGACUGUGGUCGUCGACCCAGUCGUUGUGCCUCCUGAGCCGUCGCGGGACGUACGCCAAGCUGGACCACCGUCUCCGGUGUCGCUUGUACCAAGCCACCGGUUAAUUUCAGCCUUUGAACGGAGUCCCCUAACGAGCAAUCCCUCGGUAUCAUCUAAUAGCAAAGAGACGGUCCGCAGCCAGACGUCCACGGCCACCACUGAAUCUGCCCCGCAACAUGCACUGAUGCCCUCAGAUGGCCAUGGCGUCCUCCCCUCCAUAACAUCCUCCCAGUCUUCCCAAUUUACUGUUAUCACAACACCGCCGAUUAGCGGGAAGAUCUCCCUACCACGACCUGGGUCGGAAAACGUUGGCCAGGCCCAGGCCGCUGCCGUCCUGCGCUCCUCCGACGCCAUCCGCGCCUUCAUGCAUGAGCGGGACGAUCAGGGAUGGCCGUUCCGGUCCAGCCUGCACUUUCCCUUCGAAUACCCGCACAUACCGUCCCCACCACCCUAUCCCCCUCCCACAACGCCUCUACCACCGACACCACGGGACGAUGAUGACACGCUCCGCCUCAGAUUAAUGUCGCUCCGGCGGCCACCGUCAGCAUCACUGUUGAUGGUUCCCAGGACGGGACAGGAUCAUGCACCGACGCGGUCACGAUCUGAUAGUGGGACCCGGCAGAGUGCGAUUCGACCACUUCCGCUGCCCAGGGUGCCUCAGUCUCCCCAAGCAGUUAGUGCAGCGACUGUACGUAUACCGGACCGCCUGCCCUCCUCCACAGAUCCGGAUGUGGUGGCGUCUGACAUCCAUGUGCCCGAGAAGAGCGUGCAAAGAUCUGUUCAUAGCGCAAAUGGUGAGCUCGCACACUCGCCUUUCAGAGAUCCCCCAGAGACUGCUCCGCUACCAGCGGAGAACGUGGUUUCUUUGAGGAAGAGUUGUGGUCUACCAAGCUCGGUAAGGCCUCUAUCAUCACCUCCCACUCGGAAACCCUCAGGCCCACGACAUCCAACGAAGCGCGGUCGUGACGCCCCGUUCCCCGUCGCGCAGGGAGCGAACGGCACCCACGACUCUUUCGCCACGUUAGUCACGGGAUCAUCCACCCUCCCAGUCUACCUACCCUCCGCUGUGGACGCGAACACCAUGGGCGCCGACGCGGAAAUGGCGCCGCCGCCAUACAGCUCUCCCCCCGAUGUAACCGAAUUCCAACACCGCCAAUCGCCGCCCCCGCGCAUACCCACUCUGCCGCCUAUGACUCCCCUGACCCUGCGCGCGAUAACAGCCGCUCUCGAGCACGAGCCGAUGCCCGAGUUCAAGCUCGACGACCUGCAGUCCAAGUCGAGCAGCGCGCGGAGCUCCCUCAGUAAGCCCGUGCUGCCCUCCAUAUGCACGCUGUCGACGCUGAGCCUGAGCCUCGGCGGCACGUCGCCUGAGCCUGCCCCUGCCCCAGGGACAGAGACAAAGCCGCCAGAGUCGCUCGCAGUGCGUGCUGCUGGACGGGAGUCGUCCACGUCAUCUACAGUGGUGGAGCCGCCAUCCAGCGGGGCGCGCCCGCAGUCGCUCGCUACGACAUCCACACACGCUUUUUACGAACAAAUAAUCAUCAUGGGUGCCAUAUUCUCUGCUAUCGGUGGUGCCAUUAACGCCAUCAUCUCCGCCAUUGCCUCCAUCCUUAUGACCAUCGUUUCCCUGAUCGUAACGAUCAUUGUCACGAUCAUCGACAUCAUCCUCGACAUCAUCUGCUGCAACUUCUGCCUGCCAGCACGUCGCUCAUCGAGGCGCACAGGUACACAUCGCUUCAAUUUUGGAGGACGCAGGGGAGCAGGGACGACCGCUGCGUACUAAGCAGUCCGUCGCCCGGUCGUUUCCCACCAGUUUCCCCAACGAAGGCCGUUGACGAUGAUGCGUUUCUUGACGAACAUACACGGGCGUGGAGGACGUUGAGACGUGAUGAUAUACCCACGUUUGUAUGCUUAUGUUAAUAUUGUACGAGCCCUAAUGUGUAGUUGUGCUUGGAACCGAGAACUAGACACACCUUGUUCUUUAUCUUCCCGUGACCCAUGUCUUCGUCGACGCCAAAGGCGUGCGUGAGUACAGUGGUUCGCGAAAGCUAAUGGAACCACUACUAUUCUGAAUGGUAGUUCGUGUACUUCCUCUGGAUUGGGG